GCCAGCAGCCACGGCAGGCCAAGCCGAAGUCGAAGCCUACCGGAUCUCCGCAAGACGUGGAGAAGAAGGUCGUCGAAGUGCAGAGAGAAACCGCAAGGGCGCUCUGCAAGGCCUUCGGGGGUUCGACAGCUCCAGGUGAUGAUGGGUUUCGUGGUGCUACGACGCAGCUGCUUGCGCAGGUGACAGUAGCCGAGGCGUUGAGCCUCGCAAGAGAGGCGACGCAGGAAGGGCCCGGCACGGGGGAGUCAUGGACGAGGAACGUCUUGAAGCUGGGCCAAGAGCGGCACUGCGACGCAUACCGACGCGUGUUGGAGAAGCGGAAGGUUGAGGCCGCCAAGGAAGCAGCGUCCGGCGCAACGUGA